CCCACUACGAGUUCGGGAGGACAGUUGAAUUGAAGGUAUAUUCCAGCUGUCUGUGCAGCUGUAAGAGGUGUGUUUCAUUCUGAAACGGUUAGCAUCGUUGGCACAGCGCGAAUACUCGGAGGGGCAGGCGGUUCCGUCCUAUGCAACGUUUCCUCUUGAAGUGCAGACUGCUCGCAGAGACAAGCUGAGCGGCGCUCGCGGGAGCACGGUGUUGGUGAUGGCGCGCAAUGGAGCUGUACGAGGCCAGGCGCAAAAGGGAAGAUGGGCGGCUCCCGCACUAGUCCUGGUUCUUUCAUUCUUCCAGGUCGUGGCUUCACAAGACCCACCUGCAUUCGAGUUAAGUGUUCCGUUGGGUUGCGCGGGCGCAUCGUGCUUGUACAAGGUUGCCGGCGUUGUGGACGGCAGCAGUGGACGAGUGAACAUCACCUUCACGACCGGACAGGCAACCAACACCUGGCUGGGACUCGGUGUAUCCGAUGAUUCGUUAAUGGCGAACUCGGACAUUGUCUUAGUAUAUUGGGAUGGUGCGAAGGCAGUAGUGACUGACCGGUAUGCCACAAUGUAUGGAGUGCCGCCUAUUGAUGCCGAUCAAAGUCAGAACGUGGCGUUCGGCGGAUCCCAGUCGGGAGGCGUCACGACCAUCAAUGUUGUGCGCGACUGCUCCACCGUGAACUCGCAGGAUAUUUCCUUGCAGGGCACGCAUUACCUGCUCUUCGCCUACGGGAGUGUAAGCAAUGGUAGACUGCAGAAACAUACCACAACGCCGAUCGCAAGCACGUUCACCGUUGACUGCUCUGCACCAACAGAUACCAGUAUGGCAUCACCAUCACAGACUAGUACAGCAGCAGCGCCUACAACAACAGCGCUUCCACAAACAACAUCAACACAACCAGAGACUGUACCCACAACACAAAGUGCUUCGUUAUCCAUGACGAUGACCCCAGCCCUGCCAUCAACAUCAUCUGUGGACCUAUUUUAUCAAUACCCCAGUGGCUGUUCAGGAAUGGGUUGUCUAUACCAAGUAACUGGAGUUGUAGACAGACGACUGGGAGUUGUAAACAUCACUUGGGUAACAGGACAAAGUAGAGAUACCUGGUUAGGUCUGGGUAUCUCAAAUGAUGAACAAAUGCCGGAUUCUGACAUACUGAUUGCAUACUGGGAUGGCUCCAAGGCAGUCAUCUCUGAUAGGUACGCUUACAGUCACUCACUACCACCACUGGAUGCUGAUCAGAGUCAAAACCUGGUAACAUCAGGAUCAUCAUCUGGUGGUCUGACAACUCUGUUCCUAACUAGAACGUGUGUGUCCACUGACCCUGCUGACAUCUCACUGCAAGGCAGUCACAAUUUCUUGUUUGCGUACGGACCAGUUCUGGCCAGUAUACCAUCACAACACAGCUGGAGAAACUUUACCAAUUUCAAAGUUUCCAUCGAUUGUGGAAUAGCUGUACCAACAGUCAGCAGUACGGAGCUGCCAUCACCGAGCAGUGAAACAACACCGUCACUACCCGCUACUGUACCGACCACAAGUCUGCCAGGCACCUCAUCCCAAGCCACAGUUCCAGUUGUGACAACGCAGGCACCAGCAGUUACUUCUGCUCUGCCAUCAAGUUCAUCUGUAGAUCUAUUUUAUCAAUACCCCAGUGGCUGUUCAGGAAUGGGCUGUCUAUACCAAGUUACUGGAGUUGUAGACAGACGACUGGGAGUUGUAAACAUCACUUGGGUAACAGGACAAAGUACAGAUACCUGGUUAGGUCUGGGUAUCUCAAAUGAUGAACAAAUGCCAAAUUCUGACAUACUGAUUGCAUACUGGGAUGGCUCCAAGGCAGUCAUCUCUGAUAGAUACGCUUAUAGUCACUCACUGCCACCACUGGAUGCUGAUCAGAGUCAAAACCUGGUAACAUCUGGAUCAUCAUCUGGUGGUCUGACAACUCUGUUCCUAACUAGAACGUGUGUGUCCACUGACCCUGCUGACAUCUCACUGCAAGGCAGUCACAAUUUCUUGUUUGCGUAUGGACCAGUUCAGGCCAGUAUACCAUCACAACACAGCUGGAGAAACUUUACCAAUUUCAAAGUUUCCAUCGACUGUGGAAUAGCUAUACCAACAGUUAGCAGUACAGAGUUGCCAUCACCGAGCAGUGAAACAACACCAUCACUACCCGCUACUGUACCGACCACAAGUCUGCCAGGCACCUCAUCCCAAGCCACAGUUCCAGUUGUGACAACGCAGAGACCAGCAGUUACUUCUGCCCUGCCAUCAAGUUCAUCUGUAGAUCUAUUUUAUCAAUACCCCAGUGGCUGUUCAGGAAUGGGUUGUCUAUACCAAGUUACUGGAGUUGUAGACAGACGACUAGGAGUUGUAAACAUCACUUGGGUAACAGGACAACCUACAGAUACCUGGUUAGGUCUGGGUAUCUCAAAUGAUGAACAAAUGCCAAAUUCUGACAUACUGAUUGGAUACUGGGAUGGCUCCAAGGCAGUCAUCUCUGAUAGAUACGCUUAUAGUCACUCACUGCCACCACUGGAUGCUGAUCAGAGUCAAAACCUGGUAACAUCUGGAUCAUCAUCUGGUGGUCUGACAACUCUGUUCCUAACUAGAACGUGUGUGUCCACUGACCCUGCUGACAUCUCACUGCAAGGCAGUCACAAUUUCUUGUUUGCGUAUGGACCAGUUCAGGCCAGUAUACCAUCACAACACAGCUGGAGAAACUUUACCAAUUUCAAAGUUUCCAUCGACUGUGGAAUAGCUAUACCAACAGUUAGCAGUACAGAGUUGCCAUCACCGAGCAGUGAAACAACACCAUCACUACCCGCUACUGUACCGACCACAAGUCUGCCAGGCACCUCAUCCCAAGCCACAGUUCCAGUUGUGACAACGCAGAGACCAGCAGUUACUUCUGCCCUGCCAUCAAGUUCAUCUGUAGAUCUAUUUUAUCAAUACCCCAGUGGCUGUUCAGGAAUGGGUUGUCUAUACCAAGUUACUGGAGUUGUAGACAGACGACUGGGAGUUGUAAACAUCACUUGGGUAACAGGACAACCUACAGAUACCUGGUUAGGUCUGGGUAUCUCAAAUGAUGAACAAAUGCCAAAUUCUGACAUACUGAUUGCAUACUGGGAUGGCUCCAAGGCAGUCAUCUCUGAUAGAUACGCUUAUAGUCACUCACUGCCACCACUGGAUGCUGAUCAGAGUCAAAACCUGGUAACAUCUGGAUCAUCAUCUGGUGGUCUGACAACUCUGUUCCUAACUAGAACGUGUGUGUCCACUGACCCUGCUGACAUCUCACUGCAAGGCAGUCACAAUUUCUUGUUUGCGUAUGGACCAGUUCAGGCCAGUAUACCAUCACAACACAGCUGGAGAAACUUUACCAAUUUCAAAGUUUCCAUCGACUGUGGAAUAGCUAUACCAACAGUUAGCAGUACAGAGUUGCCAUCACCGAGCAGUGAAACAACACCAUCACUACCCGCUACUGCACCGACCACAAGUCUGCCAGGCACCUCAUCCCAAGCCACAGUUCCAGUUGUGACAACGCAGAGACCAGCAGUUACUUCUGCCCUGCCAUCAAGUUCAUCUGUAGAUCUAUUUUAUCAAUACCCCAGUGGCUGUUCAGGAAUGGGUUGUCUAUACCAAGUUACUGGAGUUGUAGACAGACGACUAGGAGUUGUAAACAUCACUUGGGUAACAGGACAACCUACAGAUACCUGGUUAGGUCUGGGUAUCUCAAAUGAUGAACAAAUGCCAAAUUCUGACAUACUGAUUGGAUACUGGGAUGGCUCCAAGGCAGUCAUCUCUGAUAGAUACGCUUAUAGUCACUCACUGCCACCACUGGAUGCUGAUCAGAGUCAAAACCUGGUAACAUCUGGAUCAUCAUCUGGUGGUCUGACAACUCUGUUCCUAACUAGAACGUGUGUGUCCACUGACCCUGCUGACAUCUCACUGCAAGGCAGUCACAAUUUCUUGUUUGCGUAUGGACCAGUUCAGGCCAGUAUACCAUCACAACACAGCUGGAGAAACUUUACCAAUUUCAAAGUUUCCAUCGACUGUGGAAUAGCUAUACCAACAGUUAGCAGUACAGAGUUGCCAUCACCGAGCAGUGAAACAACACCAUCACUACCCGCUACUGUACCGACCACAAGUCUGCCAGGCACCUCAUCCCAAGCCACAGUUCCAGUUGUGACAACGCAGAGACCAGCAGUUACUUCUGCCCUGCCAUCAAGUUCAUCUGUAGAUCUAUUUUAUCAAUACCCCAGUGGCUGUUCAGGAAUGGGUUGUCUAUACCAAGUUACUGGAGUUGUAGACAGACGACUGGGAGUUGUAAACAUCACUUGGGUAACAGGACAACCUACAGAUACCUGGUUAGGUCUGGGUAUCUCAAAUGAUGAACAAAUGCCAAAUUCUGACAUACUGAUUGCAUACUGGGAUGGCUCCAAGGCAGUCAUCUCUGAUAGAUACGCUUAUAGUCACUCACUGCCACCACUGGAUGCUGAUCAGAGUCAAAACCUGGUAACAUCUGGAUCAUCAUCUGGUGGUCUGACAACUCUGUUCCUAACUAGAACGUGUGUGUCCACUGACCCUGCUGACAUCUCACUGCAAGGCAGUCACAAUUUCUUGUUUGCGUAUGGACCAGUUCAGGCCAGUAUACCAUCACAACACAGCUGGAGAAACUUUACCAAUUUCAAAGUUUCCAUCGACUGUGGAAUAGCUAUACCAACAGUUAGCAGUACAGAGUUGCCAUCACCGAGCAGUGAAACAACACCAUCACUACCCGCUACUGUACCGACCACAAGUCUGCCAGGCACCUCAUCCCAAGCCACAGUUCCAGUUGUGACAACGCAGAGACCAGCAGUUACUUCUGCCCUGCCAUCAAGUUCAUCUGUAGAUCUAUUUUAUCAAUACCCCAGUGGCUGUUCAGGAAUGGGUUGUCUAUACCAAGUUACUGGAGUUGUAGACAGACGACUAGGAGUUGUAAACAUCACUUGGGUAACAGGACAACCUACAGAUACCUGGUUAGGUCUGGGUAUCUCAAAUGAUGAACAAAUGCCAAAUUCUGACAUACUGAUUGGAUACUGGGAUGGCUCCAAGGCAGUCAUCUCUGAUAGAUACGCUUAUAGUCACUCACUGCCACCACUGGAUGCUGAUCAGAGUCAAAACCUGGUAACAUCUGGAUCAUCAUCUGGUGGUCUGACAACUCUGUUCCUAACUAGAACGUGUGUGUCCACUGACCCUGCUGACAUCUCACUGCAAGGCAGUCACAAUUUCUUGUUUGCGUAUGGACCAGUUCAGGCCAGUAUACCAUCACAACACAGCUGGAGAAACUUUACCAAUUUCAAAGUUUCCAUCGACUGUGGAAUAGCUAUACCAACAGUUAGCAGUACAGAGUUGCCAUCACCGAGCAGUGAAACAACACCAUCACUACCCGCUACUGUACCGACCACAAGUCUGCCAGGCACCUCAUCCCAAGCCACAGUUCCAGUUGUGACAACGCAGAGACCAGCAGUUACUUCUGCCCUGCCAUCAAGUUCAUCUGUAGAUCUAUUUUAUCAAUACCCCAGUGGCUGUUCAGGAAUGGGUUGUCUAUACCAAGUUACUGGAGUUGUAGACAGACGACUGGGAGUUGUAAACAUCACUUGGGUAACAGGACAACCUACAGAUACCUGGUUAGGUCUGGGUAUCUCAAAUGAUGAACAAAUGCCAAAUUCUGACAUACUGAUUGCAUACUGGGAUGGCUCCAAGGCAGUCAUCUCUGAUAGAUACGCUUAUAGUCACUCACUACCACCACUGGAUGCUGAUCAGAGUCAAAACCUGGUAACAUCUGGAUCAUCAUCUGGUGGUCUGACAACUCUGUUCCUAACUAGAACGUGUGUGUCCACUGACCCUGCUGACAUCUCACUGCAAGGCAGUCACAAUUUCUUGUUUGCGUACGGACCAGUUCUGGCCAGUAUACCAUCACAACACAGCUGGAGAAACUUUACCAAUUUCAAAGUUUCCAUCGAUUGUGGAAUUGUUAUACCGCCCACCCAAUCAUCAACAACCCGUCAACCCGCCCAACCAUCCACAGCAAUCCCUCCUCAAACUUCACAACCUUCCGUCAGUACCCAAGCCCAAACUACCCAACCACCAACAACACAACCAGCAACAACACAGCCACCAACAACUCAACCAUCCACAACACAACCACCACCAACAACACAACCACCAACAACACAACCGCCUACAACUCAACCACUCACAACUCAACCACCAACAACAACACCAGGAACCACCCAACCAGCAACAACUCAACCAGCAACAACACAAUCAGCAACAACCCAACCAGCAACAACUCAAACAGCAACAACUCAACCAGCAACAAUUCUACAAGCAACAACACAACCACCGACAACUCAACCAGCAACAACUCAACCACCGACAACUCAACCAGCAACAACUCAAGCAGCAACAACCCAACCAGCAACAACUCAACCAGCGACAACUCAACCAGCAACAACUCAACAAGCAACAACUCAACCAGCAACAACUCAGCAAGCAACAACUCAACCAGCAACAACCCAACCAGCAACAACUCAACCAGCAACAACCCAACCAGCAACAACUCAACCAGCAACAACCCAACCAGCAACAACUCAACCAGCAACAACUCAACCAGCAACAACCCAACCAGCAACAACUCAACCAGCAACAACUCAACCAGCAACAACUCAACCAGCAACAACCCAACCACCAACAACUCAACCAGCAACAACUCAACCACCAACAACCCAACCACCAACAACCCAACCACCAACACCUCAGCCAGCAACAACCCAACCAGCAACAACUCAACCAGCAACAACCCAACCACCAACAACCCAACCACCAACAACUCAACCAGCAACAACUCAACCACCAACAACUCAACCAGCAACAACCCAACCACCAACAACUCAACCAGCAACAACUCAACCAGGAACAACUCAACCAGCAACAACCCAACCAGCAACAACUCAACCAGCAACAACUCAACCAGCAACAACUCAACCAGCAACAACCCAACCAGCAACAACUCAACCAGCAACAACUCAACCAGCAACAACUCAACCAGCAACAACAACACAACCAGCAACAUCUCAACCAGCAACAUCUCAACCAGCAACAACUCAACCAGCUACAACCCAACCACCAACAACUCAACCACCAACAACUCAACCAGCAACAACCCAACCACCAACAACUCAACCAGCAACAACUCAACCAGCAACAACUCAACCAGGAACAACUCAACCAGCAACAACCCAACCAGCAACAACUCAACCAGCAACAACUCAACCAGCAACAACUCAACCAGCAACAACCCAACCAGCAACAACUCAACCACCAACAACUCAACCAGCAACAACUCAACCAGCAACAACUCAACCAGCAACAACUCCACCAGCAACAACUCAACCAGCAACAACUCAACCAGCAACAACUCAACCAGCAACAACUCAACCAGAAACAACAACCCAACCAGCAACAUCUCAACCAGCAACAACUCGACCAGCAACAACUCAACCAGCUACAACCCAACCAGCAACAACCCAACCACCAACAACUCAACCAGCAACAACUCAACCAGCAACAACUCAACCAGCAACAACUCAACCAGCAACAACCCAACCAGCAACAACUCAACCAGCAACAACUCUACAGACAACAACACAACCACCAACCACCCAACCAGCAACAGCACAGGCACCAACCACCCAACCACCAACAACUCAACCACCAACAACUCAACCACCAACAACUCAACCAGCGACAACUCAACCAGCAACAACUCAACCAGCAACCACCCAACCAGCAACAACACAGGCACAAACAACUCAAGCAAUGACCAGUUCACCGCCUGUGACGACACCCACUCCUCGGCCUGUAUUCGAUUUCCGAGUUCCAGCACAAUGCACAGGCACAUCCUGCAGCUACCGAGUCGUUGGAGUGGUGGAUUCUCGACUGGGUGUAGUCAACAUAACAUGGACAACAGGACAAGCAAGCAACACAUGGCUUGGACUUGGUGUAUCAAAUGAUCAAUUCAUGGCAAAUUCAGACAUUCAGAUUGGCUACUGGGAUGGAACCAAGGUCAUUGUGUCUGACAGAUAUGCUACCGGUUAUUCACUGCCGGGGCUUGACGCGGAUCAAAGUCAGAACACCAAUGUGUAUGGUGGAUCAUCUGGAGGACUGACGACCAUUCACGUGAGCCGGCAGUGCACAUCAAGUGACGCAAGUGACAUUUCACUACAAGGCUCUCACUACCUGCUGUUCGCAUAUGGCUCUGUGAUAAGCGGCACAAUUCACCAACAUGCGUAUCGCUUUCCUAGUACAGGAAAGACUACGAUUGACUGUGGCACUCAGACCGCACCACCCCCGACUUCAGCAGUCGGCACAACUGCUGCUCCUACCACCACAGCUGCCUCGACAACAAUGGCAGCUACAACGGUUGCCCCGACAACUACAAUGGCUACAACAAAUGUUCCGACAACUGGUGCCCCGACAACUGUUGCCCCGACAACUAUUGCCCUGACAACUGGUGCUCCCACAACUGGUACCCCGACAACUGGUGCCCCGACAACUGGUGCCCCGACAACAACCCAACCAGCAACAACUCAACCAGCAACAACACAACCAGCAACAACUCAACCAGCAACAACUCAACCAGCAACAACUCAACCAGCAACAACUCAACCAGCAACAACUCAACCAGCAACAACUCAACCAGCAACAACUCAACCAGCAACAACUCAACCAGCAACAACUCAACCACCGACAACUCAACCAGCAACAACUCAACCAGCAACAACACAACCAGCAACAACCCAACCAGCAACCACCCAACCAGCAACAACACAGGCACCAACAACUCAAGCAAUGACCAGUUCACCGCCUGUGACGACACCCACUCCUCGGCCUGUAUUCGAUUUCCGAGUACCGGCACAAUGCACAGGCACAUCCUGCAGCUACCGAGUCGUUGGAGUGGUGGAUUCUCGACUGGGUGUUGUCAACAUAACAUGGACAACAGGACAAGCAAGCAACACAUGGCUUGGACUUGGUGUAUCAAAUGAUCAAUUCAUGGCAAAUUCAGACAUUCAGAUUGGCUACUGGGAUGGAACAAAGGUCAUCGUGUCUGACAGAUAUGCUACCGGUUAUUCACUGCCGGGGCUUGACGCGGAUCAAAGUCAGAACGCUAAUGUGUAUGGUGGGUCAUCUGGAGGCCUGACGACCAUUCACGUGAGCCGGCAGUGCACAUCGAGUGACGCAAGUGACAUUUCACUACAGGGCUCUCACUACCUGCUGUUUGCGUAUGGCUCUGUGACAAGCGGCACAAUUCGCAAACAUACGUAUCGUGUUGCCAGUACAGGAAAGACUACCCUUGAUUGUGGCACUCAGACCGCACCACCCCCGACUUCAGUAGUCGGCACAACUGCUGCUCCUACCACCACAGCUGCCUCGACAACAAUGGCAGCUACAACGGCUGCCCCAACGGCUGCCGCAACAACUGUGAUGGCUACAACAAAUGCUCCGACAACUGUUGCCCCGACAACUAUUGCCUCGACGAUUGUUGCCUCAACAACUGUUGCCUCGACAACUGUUGCCUCGACCACUGUUGCCCCGACAACUAUGACAGGUACCACUCAGGCUCCAACAACAGUGGCUGCCACAACCCAAGCUCCAAUGCCGUCAUCAGCACCAGCUUCAACAGCUCAAUCACCAAUGUCAACACAAACUACCAUGCAGCAGCAACAGACCACAUCGGCGCAAACAACGACAGCACAGCAGCAAACCUCGCCACUGCAGACGACACAGCAGACCGCUGUCUCUCAAGCAUCAACAGUACCGACGAUGACCCGACAGACUACUACUGUGCCUGUGCAAUCCACCACAGCUGUCCCGGCUACAGUCGGAUCGACGACAACUAGCCCGGUGACGAGUGUACCAACAACUGAUGCUGUAGCUGACGACUUUGUCGUGCUGACGCUCACUGGAGUGAACGGGAUCUUCAGCGGUGCGGAGCUGACUAUGAAACUCGCCGACAGCCUGAACCUGGGCUCGGUGACGGUGGAUUCGCAACAGAAAAGUGGAAACACGUUGACCGUCACCUUCUACAUCACCCGACAGGAUGGCUCACUGGAGACUGCUGCCAAUGUGGUUACUCAGGUUAACCAGGCCAGGGCAGCCUUGCUCUCCUCCUUCGGCGCCUCGGCUCUGUCAUCUGCUCCGCUCCGCGUGCCAACCGUAUCUCCCACUGAAUCCGACAGUAGUGAGGGGCUCAGCAGCGGAGCUGUGCUCGGAAUCAUCUUUGGCGUCAUGGCUGGCGUCAUCAUCGUGUCCAUGGUGGCGCUGGUAGUCUGGCAGCAAAGGCGUUCCGGAUCGUACGACACAGGUGCCAAGGGUGGAGGAAGCAAGUCCGAGGUUCAUUUCGACAAUGCAAGCUUCAAGGCGCCAUGAGCAAAGUUCAUUCCAUUUACCUUUGACUCUGACAGGCAAGACUUCUGUCGACGCUCUUUGGCACUGGCUGCACUAUACCAUUAUGGACAUUGUAACGUAUGGGUGGUAGGUUUGUGAUACAGAUACGCUUAGUUGAGAUUGCUGUAAGACGUACUGCUACUGCUGUCUCCAAGGGCACGCUACUGCAGUCUUGGCUCAGCAAUACCAAGGACGUAGCCCCAGGGUGCAUUUGAAGCGGUUCCCGGGUGUCCGCGCUCUGCACACUCGACAUCAGACCACAACAGUGAAAUACUGCUGACGUCCAAAAUUGGCAGAUUUGUCACGUUCCCAGCUGUGCCUUGAAUCAGUUGGCCUCAGUGACGUACGAAUGCUCUGCCGUCACUGGUCACCCGUCGUUAUCCUCACAUCCGUCGAUAGGAAUCUUGUUGUACAUGUAUGCGUAUCGUUUUCGAAGUCUUUAGUCAGAUAAUUAACGCUCCAGAUAAUUAGCGCUCCUUUUUUUUGUAGACUCGGAUAGAGAGCCAAGGAUUAUGCUUGAAUGCCCGCUGAACUGCUGGUCUUUCUUAUCCUGUUAUCUUUCUAAAAUUGAUGAUCUUUGUAACUUUGAUUUCGCCGUCUUGGCCGACUAACGCGCCUUGCACACACACGCCACCAUCGCCACCAUAGUGAGGACAGUUCUGGCUCUGUAACUGACCAAUGUUUUAUAGUUCAGCAGUUUAUCCUAGCGCAUUGCACACGCUAAGUACAGUUAGUAGUAAUCGUUUUUAAAAGUUGCGUAUCUUAUGUUAGUCCAAAGCAGCGGAACCAUCAUUCAGGAUUUACACGUAGCUGUGAUGGUCUUGUGAAGGGACUCGACAGUUCGGAACACUCUACCGAGCAGGCCUUGGUUUCAAGUGUAUUGAAUUUUAUUAGGCUUUCCUGUGUAGGCAUUUCUAGUUUUAGAAAUUUCAAUCGACUCUCCUUAUAACAGUAGCAAAUUUCGUCAUAAUAUUAUAGCGACUAGAGUCU